GCGAGGUUUCCCGGAACCAGCAGUGAUCGUACGGCUGACGCCGGCCCGUUCUGCCCGCGGGCUCAGGGUGCCGGGAACCGCCCGCCAUGUCCUCGGUGGCCGCCGCCAGCUGCGAUGGCAAGGGCGCGGGGGAGGCGCGGGAGGAGAAAAAGCCGCUGAAGGCCUGCUGCGCCUGCCCCGAGACCAAGAAGGCGCGGGACGCCUGCAUUAUUGAGAAGGGAGAAGAAAAUUGUGGGCACCUAAUUGAAGCUCACAAAGAGUGUAUGAGAGCUCUGGGCUUCAAAAUAUGAGGAGAUGAGCAGGACUGAGUGGGAUGAUGUCUUUGGUGUGACUGUGUUCUGGAAAGCUGCAAAGUAAAUUAUUUCUGCGAGUUACUUCAAAGAGCAAAUACAAACAAAGAAUAUAUUUAUAAAAUCUUUAAUGAUAGAGUAUGUAUCACAUCUGUAGCUUUUCCACUGUUUGCUCUUGACCACUGCUAUAGAAAAUAUAUUUUUUCCUCGUAAUAAAAGCCUGAAAAUGACCAA